UUGACCUCUUGUUGCAGGUAAAAAAAAAAAUGCCCACACGUGAAUUCCGUCACUCGGGGCAUGUGGAAGCCCUGGGUAAAGAUUUGUGGGAAUUGCGAAGCCAGAAUGUAGCCACAGACUCGCGACUCAUGAGUGGGACAGAGUGUUUUCCAGUCCACAGUUGUGUCCUAGCCUGCAAUUCGCCGUAUUUGGAACACUUUUUCCAAACCCAAACAUCGACGAACCCGGUGUUCGUGUUGCCCAGAGCAGAACCGAAAUCUGUCAUGCACCUUAUAGAGUUCAUGUACACGGGAGAAACACAAGUAGAAAUGGAUCAGCUGACAGAAUUUGGCGAACUGGCAAACCUUCUGGAUGUUCGGGCAUUGAAGGACUUGUGGCCACUGGAGGACUUCGAGGUUAAGAAGGAGGUUAGCUAUUUGGAAGACGUCAAUUCAAAUGCAUCUCCGCCGAAGAACAGGGCCAGAGGCGGGCCGAAAAGCAAGCGGAAGCCCGUGUCUUCUGAUCUUGAUGGGGAUUCAAGCAUGGAUUUCGACGCCCACGAGAAUACCACCGAGUUUUCCGCCUUAACUCCGAGCAGUUCUAAUGCCGACCAUGAACUGUCAAGGGUUGAUUCCUCACCUGAUACCAUGAACACGGUGAAGAAUGAAGAAACUGUUGCUGGAAAAGUCCCGAAGAAUGACUCAUUAGCAGUGAAUCUCCCUCCUCAGUUUGAUGUGAUGGAAAUCAUAAAAUCGCAAAUGGGAAAUGACAAAUUAGCGUACAAAGGCUACGUAUAUCGUAAGGACAAACGGUAUAUGGAUCGUAUAGCGUGGCGUUGUGAGCAGAGGAACUGCAGAGGACGAGCAUCAACGCCAAUAGAGCUAGAAGAGUAUGAAGGGCAGGAUGUUGUUACAGUUACUCAGCUUCAUUCACACCCGGCAUCAGCAGCAAGAGUUGAAGUUGUCAAGGCUCGCACAAAAGCUCUGAUUGCUGCAACAACCGGAAGCCAACCUCCCCAAGAAAUUGUUGCCACUGUUGUUGCUGGGCUGUCUGAAGAAGCACUCAGUGAAAUUGGUUCUGCUAGAGCUUUCAUUCAAGCGAUUAAACUUUUGAGACUGUUAUUCCGGGUCCAUGGGCUCGUGUUGGCGGCCUGUUCAUCCUACUUCGAGAGGAUUUUGGUGUCGCUGCCGAGUGCCAGCAAGGAAACCGUUAUUGCCUUGCCGAAAAUUAGCCUCAACCUGCUUCGACUUGCCAUCGACUUCAUGUAUUCUGGGAAGGUGACUGUUCCAAGCGACGACUUGGUGGCGUUCAUGGACGUUGCCGAGAUCCUCGAGAUCCGUGGACUGAGAUCAAAGCGACCGAAACGCGGCCUGGACGAGGAAGAAGAAGAGCGGGCGACCAUUUCCGUUUCUGGUGACGAAGUGCUUGAGACGGUGGAUGACGACGAUGAUGAGGAAGAAGAUGACGAGGACGACGACGCGAACGCAAACCCAGGCGUGCGGUCGGAAGGCAAGCGGAGAGCCAGUGCGAGUGUGGACGAGAACGAGGUGAAACCCGCGAAGAUGGGCAAACGGGCUUCGUCGAGGGGUGCUAAAUCUCUGAACCCGCUGUCGAAUGCCGAAAUCACUUCCUCUGGAUACAGGGACGACGUUGAACUCAAGGAGGACUGUGUUUUUGAGCUAGAGGGAACGGAUAACGAGGAUGACGAUGAUAUAGCCUUGGUUUCCAAUGGACUGGAUGAUUUGCAAAAGUUACAGAUUCCGCAAAAUAUUCCGGCUGCGUUAGCUGGUGCUGAGCACAUAGAACGGAUGGGGUAUUCGAUUUGGCGAGGCCAGAGCCAGGCCUCCACCGGCCGUCGCCUGACGUAUUUCUGCUCCAUGUGUGACUACGUGUCGGAGCAGAAGUGCAAUGCGAUGCGACACGAGAUCAAGCACAGCCAGAUCCGGCCUUACGAGUGCAACAUUUGCGGCAAGGCCUAUACCGAAAAUCGCGGCCUCAAACGUCAUCGUCUCUCCGCGCACCCGAACGUGGACGACGGAAACGGGGCUCCACUGUCGCACCACCACAACCAGCAGCAGACGUCGGAUUGAUUCCCUGUGCUAGUCGCCAGUUUUUUUUUUUUUUUCGUGUCGCGAAAUUUGUGUGUGUAGACGGGAAGAUGAGGAGGAGGAGUUGGGGUUGUGUUAGGCACGAGAGAUGGAAGGAAAAGGAAAUGGGGAACCAAUCAGUCGAGCCAUGCUUCGGAAAUCGGUGUGCUUGUGUGUCCGGUGUGUAUGUCUGUGUGUUGUACCUGAGUCAGAGCAAGCGAUUCUGUGCACGUCCGGUGGGAAAGUUGAACGGCUUCACCGACUGCAAUCUCAUAAUACUCAUCCCCUGCUUGAACAAUUUGAAGUAAAAAUAACUGCUUCCAGUGUUAAAAAAUAAUGAAAAUAAUCAUAAGUAUCCGAGGAAAAAUCCCAGCAUUUCAAGAUAUUUUUGCGGUAAAAAGGGGUCGCUGUUCUCAAUGAAGGGACAGCGGAAGAUCCACAAAAUGUCACUGCAGUGACUUUUUGGUGAUUUUAAAAAUAACUGAUUAAUUUAACCGCGUGGUUGAAUUUCUUUUUUUAGUUACAGUAAACGCGAAGUCGAGACCCUUUUGAGUGGAUGAGUGCGUUGGUUGACUUUCACUUUACUAAAUCGCUCUUGAGCCAAAAUUUGGACAUAUCCGCUAUUAUUUGUAUCCCCUUCGGAAGUGUGAAACUUUGUGGGAGGAGGGGUUAAUGUUUCGUGAAAGCCGUUCAAAUGACCCAUCAAAAGCUCUUGUGUGAGCUGAUUUGUUGCAGUAGACAUGUGGACACGACCACCCAUGCAUCCCUGAAUGUGUCAGCAAAAAGUUGUUUUUUUUUUCCUGGUGGUUCAAAAGGAAAUUUUUCUGGUCGUUUCCGCUCGUGUUCACGGUAAUUGUAUUCUUGGCUUUCAGCCCACCGCGGGGGUGAAAAAAUGUGUGGACCCGGGAUAAUCACGUUACUUGUUUCCGUGAAUGUGUGGGCAUUUCUUGUCGCUUCGUGUGAGGAAGGAUCUCGGUGGAGAAGAAAAGAAAAGAAAUGUUUGUGUGGUGUGGGGGGAGAGAAAAAUUAUGUUCGCGUAGGGCAAAGAAAAAACGAAAUCGCGUGGAAGUGUAAUGUAUGUGUUGUUACCUCCACACACACCCGCCCUCUACUGUUUGUAAUCGAGUCUGGUCAUGACUUUAUUUUGCUGUCCGCGCUUUUUUUUUUUCGCAAGGCGAGAAAUUGUUCAGCGAUUGGCCUCAUCCCUGCCCCUGCAAACAGCUGCAGAAUACUCGGAACACGCGAAUUUUUAUUUUUUGCGCACGAGUGCAGGAAAAUAAGCAAGGUUUUGUUCGUGGAGAGGUCCCGGAGCGUCGCGUGUUUUUGGUUUUUAUUUAUUUUUUUUUUUUUUGAAAAAUGCUUGCCAUUUAUUCGGGAAAGAAGUUUACCUUCGCUAGUCAAGUCAUUUCGUUGCAGUAUUGUAUUCAUCUGCGGCAUUAAUAUUUUGUCUUUUGUUCUGGUCCAUUGACAAUCGGUUCUGGGUUCAAGGGUGGGUAUUACGUUUCUGAAAUUGCUUGAGAAACGGGUUCAGGUUGAUGGGAGAGGUGAUUGAAAAAGGGGAUCAGAAUCAGGGAAGGGAUUAUAGUCUGCACCACGUGGGUUUUUAUCUUCAGGGCACUUUAAGGUUUGAUGUAAUUGUAUGUUAGGGAAAUUCUCUUUUUUUCGCCUCGAAUCCAAUGAAGACUUCUUGGACAAAACUUUUCCAGGAAAAGGAAUUUAUAAAACUUUCGCAACUAAUGACGACAAGUUAAAGUUUGGAGUGUAAUAUUUAAUAAUUAGUUUCCUGACGCUGUUCAAGUUCCUGUAGGACCAGAAUUCUCAUCAGAACCUAAGUGCUGUAUGUUGAAGAUACAGUAUCUAAAAUUUGUCGGCUUAAAAAUUCUUUUUUACAGUACAUGAAACUCGGUAAAUGAAGAAAUCUAGACGGGCAGGUCAAGGACGUCUUGAAAUAAUGCUUUUCUCACGUGUCUAAAAUCACUGAAAUUUCUUUGAAAAUGUUGGCCUGAAGUUUUUCAAUUCGUUAGCUGUUGAAUUUGAUUUAUUUCCUUGAGCGACAUUUUUGCUGUUCUUGUCGAAAUGUUCCCCCUGUGCUGGUGGACCAAAAAAAAAUUACUUUCGUCUUGAGCGACAAAAUGAAUUUUUCUUGUGUUCUCCUCGGAUUCGGGAUUGCUUUAUGGCAGAUAAAUCAGUCGGCAUUGAAGCCCGCUAGUCGAUGGGAACUUGCCAAAAUUGGUUGGGUUUUUUGUGUGUAUGUGUGGGGUUUGUGGCCAGGCGCAUCGGUUCUAGUCAGCGCUAUUUAUUUCCGGGCCUCUCCGCGCUUCGUUUUUUUUUCGUGUACAGCAAAAAAGGAAAAAAAUCUCUUGCAUGCUUUCGUCGGUCAGUGAAGUAAACCAAAUAUUCUUCCCACA